AUGGAACUGGACGAUACCUACCCCGAUGCAUCUGGAAACGUCCCUGCCCAUCACUCGCCACAGUUGACGUGCGUACGCUCAUGUGAUUGGACCGACCAGCCGUGUGGACUGUUCAUAGAGGUGGACAAGAUUCGUAUUGAAGACCACCUGUGGUUUUGGCAUGGGAUUGAAGCGAAGAAAGCCACUCCCUGCCGAUUCGAGGGUUGCCCGGACGCAGGGACGAUGAUGUAUUUGAGUCGUCACAUCGAAGGGGUCCACUUCGCUACGUCCUAUCGAUGCCCCUAUUGCAAGAAGCUGUCGUCGAGGACCGAUUCUUUGGCUCGGCAUCAGAAGGGGUGCAAACCAUUGCUUGCUAGCAGGGCUCAUGCUGAACAUGAAAAGUACGUAUUCUAUCCCCAAGCAAUGAUUAAGUCGGUUUCUGGGUAUAUCGUUCCUGCCAAGGAUGCGGCAUAG